AUGUCUUCCCCUGGAGACUGGAGGGACGAGUUUUCAGCAGACGAGGAUGAACUGCGCCUGAAGAAGCGCACGGCGCAGGUGUCCUGCCUGCCUUUCAGCGUGGAGGCGCUCAUGUCGGACAGGAGGCCGCUGAGUGCGACGGACAGGGAAGAGGGAGAUGACUCGUGCAUGGACGAUCAGGCGCACAGUCCGGAUGAGUUCUCCCAACAAAUACGGUCUAUCAAAUCAGAGCCGUCGGAACGAGGGGACUGUGCGUCUUGGAUAUCCAGCCCCAUUAAGAUGUCAUCACCAGCCCCGCAGCUCAGUCCAGCCAUCUGCCCCUUGAGGAAGCACAAAACCAACCGCAAGCCUCGCACUCCCUUCACCACCACGCAGCUCCUGGCCCUGGAGCGGAAGUUUCGUCAGAAGCAGUACCUGUCCAUCGCCGAGCGGGCCGAGUUCUCCUCCUCUCUGUCGCUGUCCGAGACCCAGGUCAAGAUCUGGUUCCAAAACAGACGAGCCAAAGCCAAGAGACUUCAGGAGGCCGAAUUGGAGAAACUCAAAGUAACAGCUGGCAUUGGGCCCAAAGCUGUAUUCCACCCAGGCUUCGGUUUUCCCCUUAGUGUCAACCUGCAGGCUGGAUCAGCAGCACUCUACGGACUGGGCUGCUCAUACGGCCGCAGCCCCAUUCUCCCCGCUGCACAUCUGGCUAUGUACGCCUCACAGGUCGGCCACAGCCUGUUCCACCUCUCCUGAGAGGAAGCAGCAUUAUACAGUGCUGUGAAUCUGGAUAUCUGUGCUAAAAAAAACAAACGAGAGGUUGAGAGUGUAUCGUGAAGUCAUGCACUUUAUAAAAGACUUCAGGACCUGAAGUGGAGCUGAAGCUUCAAGGUCUUCACUGGUCUUUAGUUACAAGGAGAAUUUAUAAAGUUCUUUUACUGUUUGCAAGAGACUAUGGAAGGACAAGGAUACAGCAUCUCAAAGAUCCUUCAUUUCUGUUUGCCAACGCUGAUUCAGCAGGGGUCAAAAGAUAAUGAAUGGAAUAUUGAUCAGGCCAUGUGUAAUUUGUCCUGAAUAGCAGAUUGCAUUUAUUGUAGCCUUUUUGAUAAAUUUUUUUCUACUCUUUUUGUUUUUCCUGGAUGAUUCCAGCUUUGGGAAUAUUAUUUUUCACUUCUUAGCCUUGAAUAUGCAGGGGUAUUUUAUAUUGUACUCCUCCUAGAAAAACAAUUGUGACAGUAACAGUUUGGCCUGUUCAAGUGCGUGCUUACUUAAAAGCUAAACAUUCACAAGUGACACACAUUUAUUUAUGGUAUCUCUUAGAUUCAUUUAUAUCAUGAUGCAUAUCUUCAUUAAAAUUUUAUAUUUUUGUUUGAUGUUACAUUAAAGCUUGUAAUUAACCUA